UUUGAGACAACAUAGAACAAGAAAGAAAAAAAAAAUGGAAUGAUAAUAUCAAGAACUAACCGUACUAGGUGGCAUCUACGCAUCUCAUCGAAGAAUCUCCUUCUUUAGUUUACAUCGUCGACAUUAAUUGCGUCUCCAUUUCAACUUUGUCUUCUUCGUUAAUUUCAAUUUCCCAUUAUUAACCUUUUCUCCCUUCACACCACAUGUAUGUAUGUAUGUACCUUUUUUCCAUCUCUAAAACUCUCCUCCUUAAUUUCAUCCUUUAAUUUUUAUUAUUUGAUUAUUUUUUGCUUCUAGAUUAUUUGAUUUGAUCAAUUCUGGAGUUGAGAGAGAGAAAAAUGGGUGGUGGUGACAAUUCAAAAGAUAAAGAUUCGAUAGGUUUAUUGGAGAAUGAUGGUGGAGGAGAAAGAGAAUGUUGUGGAAAACAAGGGAAAGGGAAAAGGUUAUGGAAAAAGGUCAAGUAUCAGCUUGUUGAGUAUCACUCUUUACCCGCUUUUCUAAGAGAUAAUGAAUACAUUCUUGGUCAUUAUCGUUCUGAAUGGCCUAUGAAGCAGGUUUUGCUUAGUAUCUUCACAAUUCACAAUGAAACUCUCAAUGUUUGGACGCAUUUGAUUGGGUUCUUCUUAUUCCUGGCAUUGACCAUAUACACUGCCAUGCAAGUUCCGAAUGUUAUAGAUCUUAAUUCGCUACAGCAUUUACCUGACUUCCUCAAGAAUGCUGACCUGCAUAAACUUCAAGCAGAACUUUUGACGUGCCUACCUUCCAUGCCUGAUUUGCAAAGACUCAGGGAUGAAAUCUCAAGCUGGCAUAUUAAAGAACUUCUGUAUAAUUGUUUGCCUAAUAAUGUAAAAGAUGACCUGGCGAACAUAAUAGCACCACUGGUAAUUAGCCCAAUUACAAGGUGGCCUUUUUAUGCAUUUUUAGGAGGUGCCAUGUUUUGCUUGCUAGCUAGCAGUGUUUGCCAUCUCCUCUCUUGCCACUCUGAGCGUGUAUCAUACAUUAUGCUCAGGCUUGACUAUGCUGGAAUUGCGGCUUUGAUAUCUACCUCUUUUUAUCCUCCAGUAUAUUACUCAUUUAUGUGUUAUCCAUUUUUCUGCAACCUUUACAUGGGCUCUAUUACUUUAUUGGGUAUUGCCACCAUCCUGGUUUCUCUCCUUCCAGUUUUCCAAACUCCAGAAUUCCGCACCACCCGUGCAUCCCUCUUUUUGGGAAUGGGUUUGUCUGGUGCAGUACCUAUUCUGCACAAGCUUUUUCUGUUCUGGGGCGAACCUGAGGUGUUUUACACAACUGGUUAUGAGAUUCUGAUGGGUGCUUUGUAUGGACUUGGGGCACUGGUUUACGCCACCAGGAUUCCAGAACGAUGGAUGCCUGGGAAAUUUGACAUUGCUGGACACAGUCACCAAUUGUUUCAUGUAUUGGUUGUGGCUGGCGCAUACACUCAUUAUCAUGCAGGGUUAGUUUAUCUCAGGUGGCGUGACCUUCGAGGUUGUUGAUUUAAUGAGCUGAGAUUAUUUGUAGUUAAUACUAUGUGUUGUUAUUGUAUGAGUAGUAUGUGCAAAUUCACUCCUCUAAAACUGAUGCAAUUUGUGAUUAUAGUAGGGGGAGAGGAUGUUUAUGUAACCAUAGGCAUUAUGUAAUGUAUACACAUUUAGAAUCCUCAGUUUCCAUGCGAAAGUGAGCAAUAAAAUUUCAUUUGAUCUAUUAUGACAUUAAAGAAAA